AUGAUUGGUGAACGAAUUGAAAGUGGAAUUAAGGCUGGUAGAAUACAAAAUCCAAAUACUGCUAGUUCCUCCUCUGGGGCUGGUGGACAGAAGCCAUACAAUGGGUUUGCCAAGAAGAGAGAAGGUGAGACUAGUGCUGCUUACUAUGGUGGGGGCAGAAAUCAGGCUUAUCAACAAGUAGCCGCUGUGACUAUACCAAAUGCUCCCUUCCAACAUCAACAACAAGGGUAUCCGCCGCGUCAGUAUCAGCAAAGGCCGAAAUUGCCAGAAAGGGCUUUUGAUCCGAUCCCAAUGACAUAUGCACAACAUAAAGUCCAGGAUCUUCUCGACUCUAAAGCCAUCGAGUUUACUCCAACUCAAGGACCUAAUGUUGUUCAGAAUCCUAUGCCUCCCCAUGGAGCUCAUGCGGCAAAAGCUAUUGAGGUUGAUGAAGAUACUCGCCUGGUCAAAGAUGUGAUCGAAUUGGGCUCUCUGUUGCCCUUAUUGAAGAAGGAAUUAUUGAAGAUGGGUCUAUACUCUGGUUGGGGAGAAUGUUGUAUUGACUGCAUGGCCAUUUCCUCAGUUUGUGAUAAGGUGAAAAGUGGUAUUCAACAGUUGAUAGAUAGUGGGUAUCUACAGUUUGAGCAUGUGCGACGUCCUGAAAUGUUUGAAAACGAAGUUAAUGUGGCAUCCAUCCCGUAUACUCCUGCCAAGAUUCCAAUUCCUGCUAGAGCACCUCCUUUGGUUAUUACACUUCCUGGUCCCGUCCCAUAUAACAGUGAAAAAGCAAUCCCAUGGAACUAUGGGGGAGAAGUUUUCUACCAAGGGGCCAAGUAUGAGGUUAAAGCGCCGGUUGAGAAAGAAGAUGUUGAUAAUGUUGUGGGCAUUGGAAGAAUGACGAGAAGUGGUCGUAUUUUCAAUCCUCCCCUGAAUACCCGCGAUGAUAAUACAGAAGCUCUAGCUCAAGCAAAAGGGAAAAGAGUGGUAGAAGAUACGGCGGAUCAGGGGCAAAGCUCUAAUUCUGAAGAUAUUGUGGCCAAAGAAAUGGAAGAGUUCCUAAAGAUCAUCAAGAAAAGUGAGUAUAAAGUGGUUGACCAGCUGAGUCAAACUCAAUCAAAGAUUUCGAUUUUGCAGUUGCUCUUGUGUUCGGAGACACGUCGAAAUGCUUUAUUGAGGCUUCUAAGUACUGCCUUUGUCCCCCCAGAAAUCUCAGUGAAUCAACUUGAAGGAGUGGUGUCAAACAUCAAUGCUAGUAAUGGAUUGGGGUUCACUGAUACUGAUCUACCUCCCGAAGGUAGAAACCACAAUAGAGCUUUACAUAUAUCGGUGGAGUGUAAAGGGACUAUGUUAUCACGUGUUCUCGUGGAUAAUGGAUCUUCUUUGAAUGUGUUGCCGAAGUCGUCCUUGAUGAGGCUAGAUUAUUUUGGUGUCGAGAUAAGGCCGAGUGAAUUGACAGUGAGAGCCUUUGAUGGGUCAAAAAGAUCAGUGUUUAGGGAGGUUGACUUGCCGAUAAUGAUAGGUCCUCAGCUCUUCACUAUUACUUUCUUUGUGAUGGAUAUCCACCCGUCUUACAGUUGUCUCCUGGGACGUCCAUGGAUCCACGCCGCUGGGGCCGUGACUUCUACUUUGCAUCAGAAACUCAAAUUCGCGACUCAAGGAAAGAUAGUCACAAUAUGUGGGGAGGAAGAACACGUGGUAAGCCAUCUUGCGUCCUUCAGGUAUAUUGUGGUGGAAGGAGAGGUCCACGAGACACCAUGCCAAGCCUUUGAGGCUGUCCAGACUAUCAAGAUCCCUUAUGUUGAAAAUAAGAAGUUGGAGGCUCCCAUGUCUUCACUAAAGGAAGCUAAAGCUGUGGUUGAAUCUGGUCAUCCUGAAGGAUGGGGCCGAAUCUUGGAUUUGCCAAUCAAGCAAGAUAAAUGUGGGAUUGGAUAUCAGUUGGGUCAGAGUUCGUCUAAUGGGGCCCCCAAGAAGCCUGGAACCUUUGUUCCAAUCAAGUUCUCUGGUGCUGGCAUUGUCAAGGAUCAUAUUUGUGCUGCUGAUGAUGAUAUGGAUGCUGUUGAUAACGAUCUUUUUAUGCCUCGUUAUGACUUCAACAAUCCUAUCUACACCGCUGAAGAAGGGGAUGAAGAAGAUUGUGAACUCCCUGAUGAAUUGACCAGAUUGUUGAAACAAGAAGAGAAAGUGAGAGCCACAUCAAGAGCCUAUUGA